CCAGAAUGUGUGCAGAGAUGUCGGACUCGCAACUGUUUCCCUCACUUAACAUAAACUUAUUACAAGAACCGAUUCUUCAAAAAGUGAGCGGAAUCCUUGACCAGACGAGUGACAGAGGUUGGAAGAAGCUUGCUUCGGUGAUCGCGAGCGACAGAAGGUUUAAACUAAGUUCACAGGAAAUUCAUCAAUGUUCCUUGAAAGUGUUGGAUUCAGAAGGAAGCCCCACUCGCAGUUUACUGAGAUUAAUGGGGGAUCGUGGAUGUACCACCAAGGAGCUGUCAGAGUUUUUACAAAGUAUAGGCCAGUCGGAAGCUAUUACCAUCCUGAAACCACCAGGAAUAAAAGUUACUGUGCAACCGGGUUCAAUGGCAGUGUUAUCGGGACACAUGGUGAAGCUUUGUUGCGUAGCAAGUGGUCAUCCUGUUGUCAACUAUCAGUGGUUCAAGAUGAAUAAGGAGGUGCUACAUGGGAACUCAUCGGAGCUGGUUUUUAACCCUGUCCGCGUAGAGGACGCUGGUUAUUACAUCUGCAGAGUCAACAACGGAUAUUCAUUUAACUUCAGUGACUGGGCCCUGCUGGAUGUGUUUGAAAGUAACCUCAACUGUUAUGGAAUACCCGACAACAAACUCCACAUCCAUACCCAGCCAAAGCCACAAAAACUAAUCACAGGCGACAGGCUGCUUCUGGAAUGCAUAGCAAUUGGGAAGCCCCUUCCUACCUACCAGUGGUACCGAAACGGACUGGCGCUGCAGGAUGAGACUAACAAACCGUACACGGUUUUGAGCGUCUCGGUGGAACAUCGUGGAGUGUACCAUUGCAAAGUAACCAGCGGAAAAGAAUCUGAAGACAGUAUUAAGGUUGAUGUGGAAGUUCUAGGAUCUGGACAGUACAGGAAAAAUUUUGCGGUGGAAUGCACAGAAGAGGAGUUAACGAGUGUCCUUGAAAUUGAUGAGAAGGAAGAAGACACGUUUUUUGCCACAGACAAGGUUGCACUACUCAUUGGGAAUAUGUCCUACAAGAACCACACUCAGCUCAAAGCUCCAAUGGUGGAUGUCUACGAACUCACUAAUCUACUCAGACAACUCGAUUUUAAGGUCGUGUCUCUACUUGAUCUCACUGAGCUGGAAAUGAGGAAUGCUGUGAAAGAAUUUUUGCUUUUACUCGAUAAAGGAGUUUAUGGUUUGUUAUAUUAUGCAGGCCAUGGAUAUGAAAACUAUGGGAACAGCUUUAUGGUGCCUAUAGAUGCACCCAAACCCUACGGAUCCUCAAACUGUAUGUGUGUGCAAAGUAUAUUGAAGCUGAUGCAGGAGAAAGAGACGGGGCUUAACGUCUUCCUACUGGAUAUGUGUAGAAAACGGAAUCAGUAUGAUGACACCAUAGUGAUCCCAGACAGUCUGAAGGUUACAGCUAACAUCGUUUUUGGAUACGCUACGUGUCAAGGAGCAGAAGCUUUUGAAAUCCAACGUUCGGAUUUGGCAAAUGGAAUCUUCAUGAAGUUCUUGAAAAAGCGCCUUUUGGAGGAAAAGAAAAUCACUGUUCUACUAGACCAAGUUGCAGAAGACAUGGGCCGGUGCCAGCUAACUAAAGGGAUGCAAGCUCUGGAAAUCCGCAGCAGCUUAUCAGCAAAAAGGGCCUUAACUGACCGCAUACAACAAUCGGCCUGUUCUUUGGAAUCCUCCAAGAGUAACCUACAGUGGGCAAAGGCUAAUGAACUCCCAGAAAGCAUGUGCAUCGAAUUUGAAUGUGGGGUUAAAAUCCAGCUUGGUUUUGCAGCAGAAUUUUCCAACGUCCUGAUUAUCUACACAAGGAUAGUGGAGAAGCCGUCCGAUAUAAUUAACUGCAAUGCAAAUAUCACCAACUUCCCAUUGGACUUAUACGUGGACCCCAAAGAAGCAAAUAAACAAACUCCGGAGGAAACCGGGAGUUUUUUGGUGUCUAAAGACCUUCCCAAGCACUGCCUGUAUACCCGUCUCAGUUCUUUGCAGACACUAAAGGAAAACCUGACAUUCACAGUAUGUUUAAGCUACAUGUAUCACGGCAUCGAAGACAUAUUGGACGAACACAAGGAAAUUGACGUAGGAAGACCGCUAAUUUCAAAGUUGGAUAUUCAUUCUGGAAUUCAAAAUCCAUGCUCAAAGAGCUGUCUGUUUCCGGACAGCCCGUGUCACGUCCCUGAAUACUUCGGGGCGACGUCACACCAAAGACGCUACGUUCAACCUCCAAGCUAUUCGCAGUCUAUGUACUUUAGGGUUUGUCCAGAUUCUAGACUGGGUUACUUACCGGAAUGUUCAACAUCACCGAAUAUUCCAGAGGAGAAUGCUGAUGAAUACAGCGACUUUCCUUCCAUAAUGUAAGAGAAAAUCUGCCAACAUAGCAUAUUCAGUAUUGUGAUUAACCCCUCACUGGCCCUCUGAAAGCAGUGAUAACGGUGUUCUAGGUGUCUCAACUACCCC